AUGUCACUCUCUCCGUCUCCGUCACUACCAGCAAGAAAACCAAUAGAAGAAGAAGUGUGGAUGUUUGCCGAGGAAAGAGCUCAGGAGAUUCUCAGCACAAUCCAACCUGUUUUUGUUGCAGACCGAAGUAGGAAAGAGAUCAUCGAUCACGUAAAGACCCUCUUAAAGGAUCAUUUCGGAGUUGAGCAGGUCUAUUUCUUUGGUUCAGUGCCAUUAAAAACCUAUCUCCCAGAUGGAGAUAUCGAUCUGACAGUCCUGACUCCUCAUAAUAAGGAGACAGAGAUCGCUUCAGCAUUGUGCAUUAUGCUUGAAGCUAAAAAGAAAGAUCCUAAUUUCCCUGUAACUGAUGUUCUCUAUGUCCCUGCACAGGUCAAGGUCAUAAAAUGCAGGAUCAGGAACAUCUCUGUAGAUAUCUCCUUCAAUCAAACGGCAGGACUCUGUGCUUUAUGUUUUCUGGAGCAGGUUGACCAAAAUUUUGGGAAGGAUCAUCUGUUCAAACGUAGCAUCAUUUUAAUUAAGGCCUGGUGCUAUUAUGAGAGCCGUAUCCUCGGUGCCAACACUGGACUGAUCUCAACAUAUGCAUUGGCCAUACUUGUCUUGAACAUCAUCAACAUCUCUUAUUCAUCACUAUCUGGCCCUUUAUCAGUGCUGCUUAAGUUCUUGGAGUACUAUGGAUCAUUUGACUGGGACAAACACUGUGUCACUGCCAAUGGUCCUGUCCUGAUAUCUUCUCUUCCAAAUAUUACUGAAACUGAGAAUCAUCAAGUUUACUUAAGCGAGGCGUUUUUCAAAGAAUGCAUGGAGUUGUAUACUGUUUCAAUUAAAGCUACCGAUCCCAGCAGGCUUUUUUUCCCUGUAAAGUAUUUGAACAUAUUGGAUCCUCUGAAACACAGUAACAACCUUGGACGCAGUGUGACAAAAGGGAAUAUGCAACGUAUAAGGCAUGCUUUUGCAUUAGGAGCUAGAAAGCUCAGAGAUGCUCUAACUGUGCCGCCUGUGGAAACAAUGGGUUGGAAAGUGGAGAAGUUCUUUAGUAAUUCACUGAACAGGAACGGUAAAGGGCAAAGACAAGACGUUGAAGAACCUGUCUUCGCGUUUGGCACUGGAAGGGCAAACUUGUCUGAGCUCAGAGGUGAUUUUGAAGCAUACUUCAAGAGCCUUGUCUCCGGGAAGCUGUUUCACGGAGAGAUUCAGCAUAAGUGGUAUGUGACCGGAGAAAAGCAUGGUUUCUUUUGGAAGGAUCUGAAUUUAUCAACUAUGAUGCCGAACAUACAGAGAUCAAGAGGCACUGGGACUUACAUUCCUGAAAUGAGUCAAGAAUCUUACGCUGAGAGGUUCAGUAGGAAACCAAGCACAGUGUGCGCAUCAUUACCUUCAACAUCAACAUCUCAGACUCAGACUCAGACUCAGCCGCUCAAGCAGAAUCCUUGA